CUUGAUGUAAAGUAGGCGAACAAAAUUAGUUACCCCCAUAUUGGUACAUACAUUUCUGGAGCGCCGAUUAAUGAUGUGAUUAAGUAUGGUUUAACCCAGACCAUUCACCUGAAAUAUGCGGAAUUGCGUCGGGUAUUUCAGAUAAAUUGGCGAAAUGAUAGCAGAUUAUACAACUUAUCUACAAAUUUCGGCAGUUUCAACAUUUUUAUAUUUUAUUGUUAUUCAAUAUGUUACGCCGCUGUUAUGUGAAUUACUUUUGCCAAGGUCUAAAAAUUUACUUCCAAAAGGAGACAAGUUAAUGAUUGCCAAUUCAUUUGUGUCGGGUAUAAAUGGAGUGUUUGCCACUGCUGUUGCGUUGUAUAUUUUACUAAUGGACAAUCUACAUGAAGAUAUUUUCUGGUCUAACAACCAUCAUGUUCAAGUACUAGCGUCGAUACAGAGUGGAUAUUUUAUCGCUGACGCCAUUGCGGCCAUCUUAACACCUGGAUAUCCGGGAAGGAAUACAUUUUUAGCUCAUCAUGCGUGUUGCUUAAUGGCUCUUUUUGUUAUUACGACUUGGAAGGUAUUUGCAUUCCAUAUGUGUAUACGAACGUUGAAUGAAUUUUCUGCACCUUUUUUCAAUGGAAGGUACGUUCUAGCAAAACUUGAUAUGAAAGAAACAAGAUUAUAUGUGAUAAACGGAACUUUAUUUAUGAUAACUUUUUUCCUCGGAAGAAUUGCAGUCAUGCCAAUAUAUUAUUACGCAAUAGUAUCCGCUAGUUAUGGAGAAGGAUAUGAAAGGUUACACAGCGGCCUUGUUGUGGCUUUCUAUGGAGUUGGAGUUUUCAUCGAUACAUUGAACGUUUACUGGUUUCAUUUAGUUGUGAAGGGUUUUUUCAAAUACGUAUCCAAAUCUAGUCCCCGUAAAAAGGAAUGAUCAUUGUGCAACUGGAUAACGGAAGCGAAUCACUCGGCAUAGUUAUGAAUGAACAUGAUUCCUUUUAUAUUUAUAUAUAAUGUUUUGGAGCCGUAAAUAUAUUCCAUAUAGAAUAAACGAAAUCCUUCUAGCGACAACAACAGGCUCUAACCACUGGAAAUAUUAAAGCAAUUGGUCCAGAAAUUACCCCAAAAAAUUUUUUUUUUCACAAGAAGAAGAAAGAGUCUACCAAACAGAAUAUAAAUAAUAACAAGAAUUUAACAAAAUGGUACAUAGGUCCACUUCGUGUGCAAUAAUAUUAAGAGCCUGACAAAAUGCUGCCGCUCUACGAAUCUCAUUUGUUAGAUUUGUCGUACUUUAGGGUACAUGAGUAUGAAUGAUGGCGUGAACUAUAUAACCAGUGAUUUCAAAGGCCCGUCGAUACCAACAAUAUGACUAAAUUCUGCUACGAAUCCUCACUGAUAUAAUGAUGGCCAAUGGGUACUCCCCUAGUGUGUGUGCCAGCUUAGGGUUAGGCCAUAACUUUAAUUCUUUUACGAGUUCGGGGAAUGUCUGUGUUAGCCAAGUGAAUGUACCCCCUGCCCAUAGGUUUUGGUCUAUUUACACAACUUGAUGUAAAAUAGGCGGACAAAAUUAGUUACUCCCAUAUUGGUACACAUACUUAUAGAGCGAUAAUAAGAUUUGAAAGUAAAAGAUUUCGUUAACAUUGUUUUAUUGUGAACAGUUCGAGUAAGACACGUUGGCUGGCUACUUUAGGCUGCUUUACAUCAAGUUUUGUAAAGGGACUGAAACCUAUGGGCACUGGGUAUAUUCACUUGGCCAACACAGACAGUCCCCGAACUCGUAAUAGAACUAAAAUAAGGGAAAUCGGAAUAAAAUUAUGGCCUAACCCUAACCUGGAACACAUACUACGGGAGUACCAAUAAAGCUCUACACCCAUUCGACGAUUAAUCUUUCCGUUAUAAAUAAAUUUAUCUUAUUUAGGUGGAAUUAUAAUAUACAUUUUGGUAACGAUAAAAUAUUAAACUACUUUCAAUUUGAGAA